AUGGACAAAAAGAAUUCAUCCGACGAAGACAUUAAUGACAACAACGAUAGAUCCAAUAGAAUCGUUGGCCACAAGAAAUAUCCCAAGAGUUGUCUCAUUUGUUUAAAAGUUAUGACAAACCGUUCGUUGACAGACACAUGUCUCCAUCAAUUCUGUUACGAAUGUCUUCGCAAGUGGUCUUCUGAUGGUAAUUGUCUUUGUCCAGUGUGUCGACAAAAUUACAAAAAUAUUAUUCACAAUAUCGUGUCCGCCGAUCAAUAUGAUAGGGAACCUGUUGUACAAACUGUUGAACAAUCGAUGAAUGCGAUAAUCCAGUUGGGAAUGCUAUCGGCAUCACGAGUGAACUCUACAUACAGUCGUAGUUAUUUAGAGAAAGUCGAAACUUUGGAACAAUUUAAUAAAAACAACAAUGAAAUGAGGAAUAUGUCGAAAAGUGAGAGAACAUCUCAAAGAUUUAAUCAAUUGAUUAGAGAAAACAAAGCCUUAGAAAUGGUUAAUAACAGACUGGAUAUCGAUAAGAAUUCGGUGACAUUCAAUGCAAACCUUUCACAACAAGACAUGUAUUCGGCUUUAAAUCAGUUGAUUGAUGGAAGAGAAGACCGACAAAACUUACAAAUAAUGGCUUUUGUUGUACCUAUAAAUGCCGGCGAUUACGGUGAAGAAGAAGAAGAUCAUGAGUCGGUCAAUGAUGAAUAUGAGGACAUAGACAAUGGAUUGUAUGAAAGCGAUGACUCGGAUGACUACUCUUUGAGCGGAUACUCUGAUAGCAAAAGAGUCCGAAAAGAAUAA